ACUCUUUUCCCUCGUUGUUGCUCUUUGCUUCAAGUUGUGGUUCAUUUGUUUGGAACUUGUGGCGAACUGCGACUUCUUCGGUAAAAAGCGACGCGGUCAACGGCGCAAUGACGGUUUUAUCGAAUGACGUCGGCACAGUCGUUCUGCGGGCGACGGUGCUUCUGGUCAGCUUCGUGAUCGCACGAUUUGCAUACGGAGGUUAUGUCGUCAGGAGACGAUUUGCGGCACUCAAGAAGCAAGGAAUCCCCUUGAUUCCCCAUUCCAUGAUAUGGGGACAUCUCAAGAUACUUGGCGAGUAUAGCAAUGCGAACCCCAAGGAUAUCAGCACGAACCACCUCAGCAUCUGGUUCGUCGAGAACUGGGAGAAUCUCUUUCCGGGAGAAAAGCAAUGCCCCACGGUUGCCUACCUGGAUCUCUGGCCCGUCUCGAACCCUGUCCUAUUUUCUUUACACCCCAAGAUCAGCGCGCAGUUCACCCAGACUACAAGCCUACCCAAGGAUGUCAUGGAGCGGGACUUCCUUAAACCGCUGACGGGCAACAAGGAUAUGGUAUCGGCUGAUGGUGAGCAGUGGAAGAGGUGGCGGUCGGUCUUCAAUCCCGGAUUCAGCCCCCGCGGAAUCAUGGCGCUCGUUCCGGCUAUCAUGGAGGAUAUGGUCACGUUUCUCAAAGUAUUGGAUUCCUAUGCUGGUGACGAGGGGCAAUGUGGUCAAGUUGUGCAGCUCGAGCAGCUCACCACUAACUUGACAUUCGACAUCAUUGCUAAGGCUGUACUUGGACUGAAGCUGAGUGAACAGUCAGGAAAGAGCAGCGCUCUCAAAACAGCCAUGACCAACAUGACCAAGCAAAUAGGCACACGACCGUCCUUGAAGAGGAUGCUGGAACCGUACAAUCCUUGGUCCCAGGUUAAGCAUAACAACCGAGUCAUGAAGAAAGAACUUAUGCCAUCUAUUCACAGCCACCUGUCAUCCGUCGAGUCCGUGAAAGAGACCAAAACCAUCAUGGACUUGGCAGCGCAGUCAAUACGGAAAGACGCCGGCCUCGAAUCCGACCCCCAGUUUCUGGACAACAUUCUUGAGAACCUCAAGGCCUUCCUCUUCGCCGGCCAUGACACUACCGCCACGACGAUCUGCUGGGUCUUCAAGCUGCUGGAGGAGAACCCGGAGUGCCUAGCCAAGCUGCGCCAGGAGCAAGACGAACAGCUUGGACGAAACCCCGACGACGCAUCCCGGGUCAUCCUCGAGAACCCGCACGUCCUGAACGCGAUGCCCUACGCCCUAGGCUGCAUCAAGGAGACCCUGCGCCUCUACACGCCCGCGGCCACCGCCCGGGCGGGCCAGCGGGGCUUCUUCCUCGUGGAUCCCGUGACGGACAUGCAGUACCCUACGGAACACUACGCUGUGGGCGAUGGCACGCCUGGUUGCCAUUACCGAGACGACGUGUGGCCGCGGCCUCGAGACUUCAUUCCCGAGAGAUGGCUCGCCAAGGACGGAGAUCCGCUGUUCCCGAUGAAGGAUGCGUGGAGGCCGUUUGAGCUAGGCCCGCGGAACUGCAUUGGUCAGGAACUGGCCGUAAUGGAAUUAAGAUUGGUCCUUGCGCUGGUGGUCCGGAAGUUCGACAUUCGCCAGGCAUGGAAUGAGUGGGAUGAGCUCAAGGGCAACGGCGAUACUCACGACAUGAUAGACGGCGAGCGCUUGUACAUGGUUGGUGAUGGUACAGGCCACACUAAAGACGAAACACCCGUACUGAUCACGAGACGGGUAGUAGGCGUUGCAAGAUAG